CAACGAGACAUCGCAACGUGUGGAUCGUGGGCGCGAGUGUCGGGGUGUCUCUCCUCUCGCGGAUAUCUGGGAUCGUGAUCGUGAUAUCGUGAUAUCGGCGCGAGAACAAAGGUCCCAAGAAAAUCCUCAUAUCUCGUCUACGCGAGCGACUUUUUUUCAAAAUUGGUCCUUUUCUCGCGAGAAUAAGCGCGAGUAGUAUAGUGAUAGUCGGGACCAGUCGAGGUCACGUUCGCGAGGCGAAGGAGAAAAAAGAUAUCGUCUAGGAGACACGGUUAACACUCGACGACCAGGAUGAUGCAUACCAUGAGCGAGCACGCCGGCGUCGGCGUGCUGCCCUUUGACGGGAUGGGUCUCUAUGAGCAACCGCGACCACCCCGGCUUGUUUUCAAGAUGCCGCGGGUCGUACCUGACCAGAAGUCCAAAUUCGAGAGCGACGAGCUUUUUAGGAGACUGAGCCGCGAGAGCGAGGUGAGUCCGCUGGGGAACACCCACGUUCGUCUCAAGACGCAUCCGAAGUCCUUCCAUCAUCGAAACCUCGUCAAGCCAGAAAUCUUCUCCAUCAAUCUAAUUGUAAGACCAUCCAAGACCUUUCCAAGGAGCAUCCCAAUCAUCCACCGAGACCGAGAUCGAGAUCGAGACCGACGAGUAUCGACGUUUCCACACGUGGACACAGCAUCAGCACUGAAAUUUUCCGUCCCGCCGAUUGCGGUGUUUCAGGUACACCUGCGCUCGCAUCUCAUCAUGAACGGCGUAUGCGUGAGGUGGCGCGGUUGGAUCGAUCUGGAUCGGCUCGACGGCGUCGGAUGCCUCGAGUACGACGAGGAGCGCGCCGCUGAGGAGGACGCGCUGUUACGGGAUCAACUCGAGCGUUACAACCAGCGGCUGCGCGACUUCGAGGAGAAGCAGCGUGCUUAUCGUAGCGGCGCGGCAUCAGCCGCGCAACCACCGCAUCUCAAUCAUCAUUAUCACCACGACACGCAUCACGCGGCGAGCCAUCACCAUCACCAUCACGGCCACCACAGCCGACACGUGGGCGGCGCGGGCGCCACCGGCGCCACCGCCACCGGUAUCGAACCCCACCUGCCGCAUCGCCAGGACCCCGACAUGGAGGUGCGACUGCGAGCCUACUGAGGCCCGCGUUGAUCCGAUUGCCUUCAAUGACGGUGAAGGACGGGAGAGAGCCCAUUCUUGGUCUUGGAUCGAUAAUGUUAAGCGCGUCGACGUUAGGUAAACGCGAAAGC